GCAGCAGCCAGCAGCAGCAGCAGGGGCUGCGGUUGUGGAGACGGGCGAGUUGGUUUCCUCUCAUCAGCUCAUUAGCUCAUCAGGAGGAGGAGCGGUUGUGCGCCAAAAAGCGAGGACAAGCUGGUGCCUUGAGCGAUCCAGAGAGAGAGUCGACGAAGAACGAGAAGGGCUCAUGGGAUACGGUAGUGAGGGGCCAGUCAUCUCCGAUGGGCCGUUACCCGUCGACAAGAACACAGGUGCAAGCUCUUCGCUCGCAUGUCAGCUUGGAGGGUGGGGUGCUGGAUGCGUGCGGAGCGGCUAGUGGUACCCUGUCCAGGGUCCUGAAAGAUACUGGGCUUCAUGUAUCUACCAACGACCUCAAUUGCAAAUUAACGGCGGACACCCACGUUGACGCGGCUUCGGAGGAGUUCAAGGCGGUGUUUAGCGAGGACGGGCGGAGGCCUGGCUGGAUUGUCCCAAGCCCCCCGUAUGGCAACGCAUUUUGCAUCUUGGCACAGGCGCUACUGGUUGCACAUGUGGGUGUAGCGUUUAAGCUUGGGCUUUUUCUCUUGGAGCCCACGAAAACGCGCGGAAUGGCUAAAAGAUAUCCCGCCAAGCGCAAUAGUGGUUCUGCCCCGCGCGACGUACCGUGGGCGUCAGUGUUGUUUCACAGAGGCGUGGUUUGUUUGGCGUCGUGAGGUAGGCGACGACCAACCCGCCAGACAGGCGUUUCUUUUUUGCUGGGGGCUACUGAACCGGGGGUCUGCUCGUGUUGCUGAUGUGUGGGUGCGUGCUGAGGACUGGUUCCCACUUGGUAGGUACCGUUCGUCGGCAGUAUCUCCCCAACCCCCUGCCCCCCUCCUACAAGGGCAAGUAUAUUUUGUUUUGUUUUUUUGUGCGAAAGAAAAAGCUUCCCCAGUUGCCCUUCUUCGGUUUCUUAGAGACACUGUCGAAGGAACUUUUUUGGCCCAAGAACGUGGGUUAGGUCAGCGACGUGUGUGUGUAUGUAUAACCGGGUGGCGGCCCAAUAAUGAAUUGCGCGCGGUGGAGUGGCAGCACAAACGCAACAGUUUUUCCGUGGAUUUUCCGCCCGAGAUGUCAGUGUGUUGGUAUGUUUUUUUUGUUGCGCCCAUAUACCUAUGAGAACGCAACGGGGUGCUUGUGAUGCCAAACCAUGUGUAGGAGUUACACGGGUCUGUCUCGAGAGAUCCCUCGGUACGUGUGUGUGCCAUAGUCGGGUGGGCUGCCUGGUGAAGGCUUACGGAACAUGCAAAAUAUGACUUC